AUGCGUAAGGUUGAAAAAGUUUCUGGUGAGGUUCAACGGUGUUAUUUGCCUCAUCACCCGGUAGUCAAGGAAGCCAGUACUACCACAAAACUACGGGUGGUCUUCGAUGCUUCGUGUAAAACCUCAACAGGAGUAUCGUUGAAUGAUGGAUUGCUGGUGGGGCCAGUGAUCCAAGAAGACCUACGAUCGAUCAUCAUUCGGUGCCGCACGAAACAGAUCAUGCUCGUUGCCGAUGUGGAAAAGAUGUUCCGGCAAAUCAACGUCUGUCCAAAGGAUAAAUCCCUGCAAUCUAUUUUGUGGCGUUUUUCUCCCGACGAUGAGCCGGAGACCUACGAGUUGGGGACAGUAACGUACGGUACUAAGCCAGCACCAUUUCUCGCUACUCGUACUCUCAAGCAAUUAGCCAUGGAUGAAGGCAGUCGUUUUCCAUUAGCAGCAAGGGCGGUGUGCGAGGAUGUAUACAUGGACGACAUCAUCACCGGUACAGAUGAAGUAAUGUCAGUAAUCGAGCUGAGGAUUCAACUCGACAAUAUGAUGAAUUCCGGUGGCUUUCACCUCCGGAAGUGGGCGUCAAAUCAUCCGAUGGUUUUGGAGGGAAUCGCAGAAGAUUCCUUAGCGAUUCGAGACGUGGAGGGUAUCAACUUGGACCCCGAUCCGUCAGUGAAGACACUUGGCCUAACAUGGAUGACGAACACCGACACUUUCAGGUUCCAGUUCAACAUUCCGAUACUGGACACCAGCACAGGACUUUCCAAGCGAAAAAUUCUAUCAGUCAUUGCCACGCUUUUCGACCCUCUUGGUCUCUUGGGUGCUGUCAUAACCAGAGCCAAGAUUAUAAUGCAAUUAUUGUGGAUGUUAAAGGAUGAGAACGACGAAAAUUUGAACUGGGAUCACCCAGUCCCUUCGACGGUGGGUGAGACCUGGCGAUGUUAUCACCGACAACUACCGCUGUUGAACGAAAUACGCAUUGAACGCUGCGUGAUCAUACCCGAUGCGAUCCUCGUCGAGAUACAUUGUUCCUCAGAUGCGUCCGAGAAGGCAUAUGGAGCAUGUGUCUAA